GCAUGCAAGUGCACAUCGAAUUUAUCGGUAGUGUUAUAUUCGUAUCACUUGCAUUUUUCCACGUUUCUAGAUUCUUCUCUGCAUAUUACCAUACUCCAUAACUCAUUUCGAUCACGUUCCGAUCAUUGGAGAUUCACCAAAUUUCUCCACACUGUUGUGCAGUAGUUUCGUGACAUUUCGCAUAUACACUAAUACAUGUUAGAAAAAAUUAUCGAAAAAGAAAGGAGAUUCGCGUGGAGCAGACUGGAGAAUAUUCUCGAUAAAAGUUUGAUAUAAUCUUGUGUGAUUCAACAAUUCAGAAAAUUGUUUACGACAAAGAUAAAACGAAAGUCAACGUGCACCGUAACGUAUUCCAAUGGGGGGAACUGUUGUUUCCCGUUACAUGAGGGGGAGAAGCAGAAGUAGGAGGAGGAUGGAAUGACACGCGGACACGAGAAAGACGACGAGAGAAGACAAUUGAAGUGCGCGUGUGCAAAAGUGCGCGGCACGCGGACGGAAGCUCGAUGUGCGUUGUUAUGUUUUUUGCGGAACUAUCUAGACGUGUUUACUCGUUAAUUCUCGUCGAUUCUACGAUUUAAUUUUCACAUUCCACAUGCGUAGUGUUUUCUAGUACAGUGAUACUAGAUAUCGUGUUUAGGAGUUGUUUGAUUGAUCGUUCAAGAAACUAUGGGAACAGCAAUGGACCAGGGAAAUAGUUCGUGACGUAUGAAAAAUAAAAGAAGGUGACAAAAACAAGGAAAAAAUAUUUAUUAACAACUUAACGAGUGUGCAACGUCUCAUUAUUUUGAAAUGUUAAUCGUGAUGUACAUACAUGUGACAUUUAUAUGAACGAAAAAUACAUGAUGGAAUAUAUAAACAUGUCGGCUUGUCUACGCACGCGCGUGAUUGUUCUCGCGCGCAAAUGCAAUAUUAGAUUGGUACUAGACGCAUGGCACGAAAUCGUAUGCGUUCGUUUAUAAAAAGCGAGUAACACGGUAACCUUGCAAUAAAACUGUGAAGUAUAGUGGACAUAGAAAAUUGUAAAUUGAGAUAAAUGUGAAAUAUAGUGUUUUUUUUUACGACUAUUGUGGAUUUGUGCUUCAAAUGCCGGUUAUCUAUAUAUUCGUUGAUUGCUGAGAAUUUGAAGAUACAACGAACAAUUUCAUAGAAGACAAUUUUAUCUGGGAUUUUAUCUGGAAUAUUGAAACGAGAAUUGGAGGAAAGAAAGCUGGUGUCGAAAAUCGAAUCUACGCCUCGACCGUGUUCGAAACACGUGUUCCCGUUUUUUUUUUUUACAAGCGCGCGAUAAAAGGAUUAGCUAGAGAAAGGACAACGAUAGAGGGACAAACAACCGUUCAAAAUAUUUCAUUGAGAUUGUUCUUUGUAAUUAUGAAAAGGCUGUGAAUCGAGGUUACCUAUGUAUCGCGAAGAGAACGAGCAAAACAGAGCCGCGGACUUGGCUCCCCAACAACCAAGUGGUGCAAACACGUUCGAGCGUUUGGAACAUUCUCAGGAUAGCAAAAAUGGGGACGAUGGUCCCAAGAAGGUGCAAACAGACGCUUCCUCUUCAACGAAUACUCCAAAGCCGCGUGCACGGAAUUGUGCACGAUGUCUGAAUCAUCGGCUGGAGAUCACCUUAAAAUCACACAAGAGGUACUGCAAGUAUCGUACUUGUAUCUGCGAGAAGUGUAAGAUCACUGCCAAUAGGCAGCAAGUGAUGCGGCAGAAUAUGAAGCUGAAAAGACACCUGGCACAGGAUAAAGUCAAAGUAAGAGUAGCGGAAGAGGUGGAUCCGCUCCCAUUUGGCGUAGAAAAUACAAUUUCUUCGGUCCCUCAACCACCUAGAAGUCUCGAGGGUAGUUACGAUAGUAGCAGCGGCGAUUCACCAGUGAGCAGCCACAGUAGCAAUGGUAUACACACCGGAUUCGGUGGUAGUAUCAUCACUAUACCCCCUACGAGAAAAUUGCCGCCGCUGCAUCCUCACACUGCGAUGGUCACCCAUUUGCCACAGACGUUAACCAGUGAAAAUGUGGAAAUUCUGUUGGAGCACAGUAGCAAACUUGUAGAACUUUUCCAGUAUCCUUGGGAAGCAUUGUUACUGAUGUACAUCAAUUUAAAAUAUGCAGGGGCUAAUCCGGAAGAAGUAGUGAGACGUAUGGUUGAUGCUUUAAUAAUCUUCUGUUUGAAGAAUUUUAUUUGGGAUUUUAUUUUGAACAAAAUUGUUUCGUUUAUAAAUUUAUUGCCUACUUGAUUUUAUUUAUGAAAUUUCUACGAAUGAUUAUUUGAAAUUCGUUAAAUUCUUUCAGAAUUAUAUUGAAAAAAGAUUCUAAUAUAAGUUCAUUAUUGAUGAACCGAUUAUUCCUAUAUUUUUGUUGGAAAAAUGAUGGAGUAAAUUUAAUUUUGACGGUUUAAUGAUUAAAAGAUAGAUUUCUUUGUCGUGAAAUAGUUGGCUCAUGUGGACAACGAAAUUGGCAACAACAUUCAUAUUUUAACAAUAUGUAAUAAAUUUUCUUUAUAUAUCACGUACUUUUAUUAAAGUAAAAUGAUGAAAUUGUAGAACAUUAAUAAAUUAAAUUUUUUUGAUAGUAUAUAAAUCAAAAAUUAUAUUACAUAUUAUUCCAAAGAACUAUUUCUAUUAUUCGGAUUUUAUUUCUGAUAAAAUAUUAUAAAAUACAAUGGUGCACUAAGUUUCUCGAGAAUAAAUUUAGAGUCGAGGACACAGGUGUUAAAACCAUUACAAUAAGAUUUAUGCUUCCAGUAUAUAUUUGUUCAUGUCAAUUCGUUGUAUUCGUCAUCCUUAACAAUAAUAUCAAAUCAAAAUUGAAAUGCAGAAAGUGAUCAUUUAUAAGUGAUGGUUGUCAAAUGAUCACAAAAUUUAUUACAUUUAUUCAACACGUCAAGAUUUGUUAUAAUUAUACUUUCAUUGGAAGAUAGAAUUUAAUCAUCAGGAAGAUAUAUACCUAUAUUGAAAUGUAUGUAUAUCAGCCGAUUGUAUUCAACAAUGUAAGAUUUAAAUGGGAUUCAAAGAAUAUAGAGCUAGCAACGAAAUCCGUAACAUGCACUUCUUGAAAGCAAUCAGAAUGUCCCAACCUAGUCGUGCGUUCCGCUGCACCGCGGCAUGUGCUGCACCCACGGGGCCGCCAACGGGACCUCCGACAUACGAGGGUGAUGUGCCCUUCAUAGGGGUUGGACCACCCCCGAAUCCCAUCCAUUUCAGGCCGUUUCUUCAUCCCGAGAAUGCUCAUAUACCGGCUACGAGACUACCGUCCAGCCCAGAUGGUCCUCCGAAACAUACGUAGCCUCAAUCGAUUAUUCGACCAUUCAAUGAAGUAAAAUAUAUGGAAGAACAGGUCAAACCCAAAGAGAAAUGAUUAUAUCGAAGAAAGAAAGAAAAAGAAGAAGCGGAAGGCCCAAAAAAUAAUGGGAAAGAAGUUUCGUUACGGAGCGUUUCAUUCUGAUCGUCAUUCUCUUGAAACAAUACUUCUUUCCUCGAAACUUGGGUGGCGCGAAAAAUUAAAAUUAAAUUUAAAAUUAAAUCGUGACGUUAUAUACAUUUUUGGAAAAAGUAUUCCUCUCUUGUACCGUUACUUGUGACGAUAUCGAUACUUUGUGACCACUAUUGUGACCAGUUUACCUGUUAAAUCAACGAAACAAUCGAUUUAUUAGAUCGAUUAAACGAUUAAAUUUUUCUCACUAACUGUUUCUGAGAAAGAUGUUUCUGAGAAAAUGUUGAAAAUAUACGAUUAAGAAAGAACAUGUGUCGUUCACGGCCGAUUCACAAAGAGAUAGGGAGAUAGAUCGAUGCUCCCUCAAUGUGAAAAUAACAGUGUUGCGAUUCAAACCCGUGUUCCGAACACAAAAGGAAUCUGCCGGUUUAAAAAAAAACGAGAGGAAGGGAGAGAGAAAGAUACAAAGUGCAUUGUGUUCUACAGCCUUCCUUCAGUUUUAUUCCUCUUCUUCCUCUUCUUCUUCUUCUUCUUCUUUUUUUUCCUAGACUCACCAAGAGAGGAACAACAGAAACAUGAAAGUUUUUUGCGAGUGGAUCGUGGGAUACCGAGGUUCAUGGACAACAUGUACCUCGGGCAUCCCUCGUCCUUGCACGUCCUUCGGUUCGCUGAUCGAAUCUGCCACCUUCACUUGUUCCUUCUCUCCUUCUUCCUUUUUUCCUCAUCCUCUCUCGUUUCUCUUCGCGGUCUCCUCCUUUUUGUCCAUUUUCAUCCUUCAAUUUGUUCCUUUCAUUAAAUACAUUUCCUCUUCUCUCCCUUUUUCCUUUUUUUCUUCGUUUCUUUUUUUAGAAUAUUCUCUUUUUCUCUCUUUCUCUCUUCCUCUCCCUUUUUCCCCCGAUUUCGCAACGCGUUGUUAAAGCACGAAACGAGAGAUUCAAGAUAGAACUCGUUCGUAAAGAAUACGAUAGCCGACCAGUUGUUUAAUCGCACGUGAACGAGAUCGCUCAACAAUCUUUUCGAGUAUCGUCGUGUGUUGUAAACCCGGCCGUGUAUGUAUAACCGCCGACGGCUCUUUUCGGCUGAGCUACUUUGAAAACCCUUAGUCAUGUUCAAUUUUGCUCUCGUGGUUUUUGCUCCUUUCUAAAGGAACGUGAUUCCAGUCUGUCUGCGGUGAGGAUGACAAGCGCGUCGAUGAUCACGCUUCUCUUCUUUGUUAUACGUGGAGGAAGCGCGAUUUCGUGGAAUAUCCCUUAUUAUUAUUAUUAUUAAUUUGUAACAUGGAAUUUCGAGGCAUAAGAGAUCCCUCUCGAGACUAAUUUCGUAUAACAAUUCUUGAUACCGUGCGACGAGUUGGUUCACGCGUAUUCAGAUGAGCCACGAUCGUGGGAACGUGUGAUGCGAAUAGGACACGUUAAGAAGAUUGAACGCAGCGAUUCAAAGAUAAUAACGCGGAGAAUGACGUCGAGGGAAAUGUGCGAUGAGAUCGAUCGAGAAAUUUCAUCGAAUUUCAUCAUUUAGAUGCGUGCGUUAAUUGUACGCUUGUGUAUAUCAUAUAUAUAUAUAUGUAGUGUUGUACGUGUCUCGGAAGAAGUCGUGUGAAACGCAGGUUUUCUAUUGGUUAUUUCGAGCAGACCGAAUCAAUUAAAAUUGGAAUUUCUAAUUGAUCAACAAGCCUCACAAGUUUCUGUAAGUGAAAUCGUCCGUCCCACGUGACUUCUUGUAAAGCAUACACGGUAGUACAUAUUAAGAUUUCAUUUUUCCAACGAAUUCUCUUGCCCUGUGUCGAAACAUUGUGAUUUAUUCGAUUUAUUAUUCAACGAACGUCGUCGACACAUCUUGAACUGAUGUAUUCCUGGCUGAUCAGAGUAAUACACCGCAUAGAACGAGAGAAUUCAAAUAAUUGAUCGAACCGUUUUAGAUAUUGAACAUGAUUUCGAUUUGUUGGAAUAACUUCGCCAGUUCCUUCGCUCGAUUCCAUGCACACGAACUCUUGUUAUAUUAAAUCAAAUUUUCGGACGGAUCCGCGCGAAACUGGUUCAAUUAACACUGACCAGAACUUAUCGUUCUUGCCAAUUACGUUACGUUAUUUAAUGUUACAGAUCACACAUGUGUUGUAUCGCGAAAUAAUAGACGCCUGCAAAUGUUAUUGCAUCCAUAAUGCAAUUAAUUGUAUCUAUAAUAUUUGCACUUGUGCAAACGCGUGUCGUAAAAUACACACGUGAAAUUCUGCAAAAAAAUCCUUAUUGCAAGACGUAAACAGAGAAAUGUUUGUUUAAAAAACUGAUUUCGUCCUCUGACAAAUUAAUUUUCAAAUAAGAAUACCGAGGUUUGUAUCUUUACGCUA